UGACGUUUUGUUAUUUAGAUUUCUGAUUGCUUUGUUAAGAAGCGAAGUUAUAAAGUUUAGUGUGAUAAAGUAUAAUUAGCGUAUAUAAUUAGUUUUCGCACAAAACCAUGGAUAUAUUUUUACCAAUCGUUAUUUUCAUUGUUCUAUUCAUACUAUUCUUCAUAUGUGGUUUGUGUUGUCGUCGAAAAACACAAGGACAAAUUUUCAACACGCCAGUUAUUAUAACAAGCACAACACAUGAACCGGUUGAUGGUGCUGCACAACAAACUGCUUAUCAGAACACGAAUGCUGCUCCUUACCCUGGCACUCAACCAGGCUACAAUGCGACAGCGUAUCCACCUUAUCCUCAAGCUGCAUAUCCUCCGGCACAACCAUAUCCGCCUCAACAUUAUCCUAUUCAACCACCAUACCCCUUGAACAACCCUCAAGUUAUGCCUCAACCAAUGCAAUCAUCAGUGCCUGCUGCCAAUGUUCUUCCACCACCUUAUUCAGAAGUUGUGCGAAGUGAAGCAUAUUCAAAACAAGCACCUUUCAAUCCUAAUUAUUAAAUGUCCAAAGCUCGCUGUGUGACUGAUACCAUCACAUAAUGAAAUGUAAAGCUGUAAUAUGGCUGUAGUUUGUUAUGUGUUAUAAAUCCAUCAUAGAAUUAUAUGAUUUCUCAUAUUAUGAGAAGAUACUGCCUUUUGAUGGGUAACAAAUUUGAGCUGUCGAUCUAACUUCAGUCGGUAUAAUCUUCAACCUUUGAAAUAGUCCUGUUUUUUAAUACAUAAUUUUAACUGAUAUUUUUCAUAUGCCUCUUAGUUUUACAUUUAUAAAUGCUCAUAUUCUAGUUCUCAUGCCAUUUUUUAGUUUUACAUUUAUCAAAAAUAAUAAUUUUGAUUUUAUAAAUGAAUUAUUUGAAAUGCUGAGCCAAAAAGUCAAAUUAAUCUAUCAUGGAUACCUCUUUGUAGUUACAUAUUUAGUCACGAAUGUACAAAGGUCAAACAAAAGGUACGAAUUGAUGGCAUGCAAAAUUUUCUCAUAGUUUUUUUUUUUUGCUUAGUUUUUGAGACUUAUAUGAUGCCUUCUGCAGAAGCAACUUUUCUCAAAAAUGUAAGCACAUUAAAUUUUUGCCAAUUAAUGCGUAUACAAAUAUUGCAUUUCAAAGUGAUCAUGAUAUGUGUAGUUAUUAUUUUAUAUAAUAGUGAUGUGUUAAAAAUACUUCAGACUUGCUCUAAUCAUUUG